AUGUCCAGCUUACGCUGUGACAGUCUUCUUAGCACGUCUGACCAUCUCCUGGACUUAUUAUAUGGAGCAAUUGAGAGCACACUAAAUGAGUCAAUUCGUCGCCGUUGCAUACAGGAAAAGUGGCGUAAACUGAUCAGCAUUCGACACUGCAGACGUCGAGGUGAAGGCACGGCGGAAAAAGAUGUUAAAGAGAGCAGGAACGAGACCAAACAAGCACAGCAGACAAACAACUUGGAAGAAGAGAGAGAUACUGUGGAUGCAGCAAAGAAACAUAGAGGAAGCCGGGUCAAGACGAAUGGAGGUGGGGCGACGGCUUCUGUGACGAUCGCCAAAGCAGCGACGUGUGGACGAUCAGAAGCUUAA